AUGGCGGACGCCACGUGGCACACCAACUCUGUCGAAGAUCAAACCGACCUUCUAACCAGACUCAACAGAGUCUUUGACAAAUUCUGGCAGAAACUGAAAAAUAGGAAGCAUCAAACCACCUCAAAGGAGCCAAAGGAUCACUCAUCCUUCACAGCAUAUCGGGCGUCCGCAGCAGACAUCCGCGGCCUCGGCAAAGGUCCCAAAAUGGCGGCGAAGAAGAAAGCCCUCUUCCCUCCAACAGAAGCCGGCAUGCAGACGGAAAACAUCCCGAAUCAAGGUUCGGCUUCCUAA